AUGGUCCCUAGAAUAGCAAGUCGUCAAUGGAGGGCCACAUUUAAGCAACUGAGACAACAAACAGGGCAGAUGUUGUCAAAUCUUGAUCAAUACGUCUUCACAGAUGUUUGGAAUUAUCUCCAUAAAUCAUACAAGAUCAUGUUCGUCCGAGAACCUUUUGAUUGGUUAUUGUCAGCUUACAAGGACAAGUUUGCAUCUACGAGAACAGUGGAUCGAUACAUGCUGGAGACGUAUGGCAGAAAAAUCAUCAGAAAGUUCCGUCCGAAUGCCACCAAAAGAGCUCUGGAAGUGGGCGAUGACGUUACAUUUCCGGAAUUUAUAGAAUAUAUUUUAAAGGAAGGCAUACAUGAGCAACUCAACUGGCACUGGAAUACUUACGAUGACCAGUGUAGGCCCUGCAGCGUGGACUUCAACUUCAUCGGUCGCUUUGAGUCCCUUGCCCGAGACGCACGAUAUGCGUUGAAGAAAGCUGGAGUUUUAAAUUUCACACAAUUUCCAACAAACAGUAAUUAUCCUAAGAGGAGAGACGAACUGAUAAAGCAUUAUUCUCAGAUCCCGCCCGAGUGGAUUAUGGAGUUGGGUCGUGUUUACCGAAGCAGUUUCGAAAUGUUUGGGUAUCCGUUUCCAGGUCCUCUCAAGGUCCUUUUAAAAAACGACACUGGUCAAACGGGAAAUUCAAUUCACUCUGGAAUUGCAGGUCAGACUGGUAAUCCUUAA